UCGGCAUUGACGACGAUGGCAGAGACGAUUAGACUUCGUGUGGUGUUCGAGGAGCGUCGCAUGUUGAGCAAGUCAAAGAAGAAGGAAGGGCUGAAGCGUAGCUGGUUUCUGCUAAAACCCCAACUCAACACCAUAUCCGAUGUAGCUUCUCAUCUACAAAACACUUUCCGCCUCCACCGUACCUGUCCACAUGGCAUCAUCCUAUUGAUGGAUGGUUUUGUUUUACCAUCCUUUGAGUCAACUCGUAUUUUGAAGGAUAAAGACAUUGUCUGUGUGAGAAGAAAAGGAAGCAUAUUAGCUUAUGAUAAACCUGCAAUGCUGCCAUCUGAAACACGUGGGCAGAGAUCUAUUGAGCUUCCGAAACUUCUUGCAAUUGAGGGGUUUCAAGAGGAGAGUGGAGGAUAUGAAACCAUGUCCCAAGAGGACAAUAAUGACCAACUGGAAGAUGCAGUUUAUGUGGAAUCUAAAUCGGAUGGGAAGCCCAUCUCAAAGAAAAGAAAAGCAUCAAAGAAGCUCAAGAGCCCUAGUCAGAAGAAGAUUAAGUUGUCUACUACCGAAAACUUGGCAGUCAUUCCUGAGGUCCAUGAGGAGGAAAAUGAAAGCUUUCAAGGCAGUAUCCAUCACGAAUCGAGUCUUGUCAAGAAGAACAAUGGCAAGUCAUCCAAUUUAUCUAGUCAGCCAAAUAAGUCUGGCAAGGAUAAUUUCAAUAAACAGAUGAAUGACAAAAGUGGCUCUACAAGUGAUGAAACAAGGUUUCUUCAGCCUCAAGAUGAAGGUGGAACUAAAAAGUUACCAAGCAGAAGUGCCCGACGGAGGAAAGAUAAGAGAAGAUGGUUGAGGGAACUAAAAUUAGAGAAGGAGAAGUUCCAUACGAGUCCAAUGCUUGAAAAGGAUGGACAACAAUUACCUAUCAAAGAUAAAAAUAGCUUAGUUUCUGAUGUACAUCAACAACCUGAUGAAGAAAGUGAAGAAGAGGAUGACAUUGUUCCAGGGCUUAAAAAAGAUGGACAACAUUUACCUAUCAAAGAUAACAAUUGCAUAGUUUCUGAUGUACAUGAACAACCCGAUGAAGAAAGUGAAGAAGAGGAUGAUGUUGUUCCUGUGGAAAUUAGGCCAGGGCACAUUCGGUUUGAGCCCCGUAGAAAAGAUCAGACAGUUCCACAGAAUCAGUUUCCAGUGGAAACAUUUCAGUGGAAUGGAAUCACCAGCAAGAAGAAGGGCCAGAAAUGGGGUAAAGAGAGGAACUCAUUCCGUAAACAGGAUGACUAUGAACAUUCCAGUCAAGAGUGUCCUACUGUUCAGAAUGCUGAAAAGAAACAUGCACUCAAUGCAGCAGAUUUUGAUAAGCUUACUCCUUAUACAAGCUUGCCUAAGGAAGGUGAUGUAAUUGCCUACCGGUUGAUUGAAUUAUCAACAUCUUGGACUCCUGAGCUUUCCUCCUUCAGAGUUGGGAAAAUAUCGCAGUAUGAUGCUAAAUCAAACAGGAUUUGGCUGGAACCAGUUUUAGAAUAUCCAUUUGUUUUUGAGAAGAAAAUAGAUGGGGACACAUCUUCUCUACAGUCUGAUCCAUCCCCUUAUCAAGAAGAUGGUUCAUUAGAGAUAGAUUAUGUAUCGCUUGCUGAUGUUCGAAUGGUUAAGCAUGGCCGCUCUGAUUUGGCAACUGUAGUUGUUUCUAGUGAUGAUUUGGUCAAUCCAACAAAAGCAAAUAACGGUAGCACUGAUGGAAGUUGCAUGCCAGAAAGGGAAGGUCAUAUCCAUACAAAAGAAAAUGGGGAAGUAAACGUGUGGGAUGAAAUUAACGAGGCAUUAAAAGCAAAGAAGGCCAAGCUGUCGCAGGAGGAUGGCUGGAGUAAAGAACAGAGUUCAGGCACGCGGUCAUGGUCCAACAGAGCCUUGAGAUGCAGUGCGCUGGGUCCCACAAUGGCAUUUUUAAGGUCGAAGAAUGGACUUUAA